AAAACCCAACCAAAACCCUCAAUUCCUUCUUUAUAACACCCUUUAACUCUAUGGCUCUCUUCAGAGCUCGGAUUCCCGAACCUUUCUUCCUCCGUCGAAGCUCUGCCAUCUGCACAGGAAACAUAAUUGCUCCAUCCUCUCCCCCAACUGACCAAAACAAGAAACCGCUCCACCUUCUAUUCCAAGAAGCAGUAGGUUUUCGUGCAAAACCGGAGACAGACAUUGAAACUGAAACCCAAAGCAACGAGGUUAAGAAGAAAUUAUGGGAGUUAGAGCGAGAAAUAAGGCAUUUAAAGGAAGCAGAGCCAAAGAAUAAUACAAAAGUAGCACAGCCAAAGAAAACUAAGAGUUUGUAUGGAUUGUUUACGGGGAAGGAAAUUGCAGAGAAAGUGGAAACUGAAAGAAAGAAACUUGAGGGUCCCUUGAAUCUUAAGGAGUUAUCGCCUGAUAUGAAAAUGUUUGUGAACCAUUUGUAUAAUGAAGGAUAUUUUACUAAAGCCAAUUUCUUCAGAAAUAGCCAUAUUGAUUUUAGUUGCUUUAAUGAUAGCUAUGGUAGGGACUUCAUCAAGUUUGCGGUUGAGAUGUUUGCCAAAGACCAUCAAGAAAUUGCAAAAUGGUUGUCAGGCAGUGACUUGAAAAAGGUGGCUCUCUUUGGUUGUCCCUCUCUUGCAAAAAAGAAUGUUUUCUCUGCUAAAAGACUACGGAAAUAUCUUGAAAUCCAAGAAGACAUUGUGUGCAACAAAUGCGUCUUAAGACAUUCAUGCAAGUUUGUGAAUCAAAGUGUGUGGAAUAGUGAUUACAAGACUUUGAAUUUGGUUGUUCUCAUGAGGGUCAUCACUUUGUAUGCUCUGGAACUUGCUCAUCCAGACUUGCCAGUGCCAGAUGAGAUAAAGGGUUCUGUCCGUCGAUUGUUGAAGGAAAUUUUGAAGUUAAGUCAAACUACUUCAUGAGUCUGCUCCCAAUGAGAUGCAAUUUGUUUUGAAUUAAAGAACAAUACCAGAUGUGAGAGUGUAUCAACCAACCAACAAUAUACUCUCUCUCAAUGAUUCUACAAUUUGGGAGUCGAAAGCAUAUGUAAGAGCUUGAGGUGAACCAAGAAAAGCUUUCUCAAAAUAAAUUGUAAGUCUGCAAAAUUUUUUGUUCUCAUGGAAACUUGGCUGCAAGUGUCUGAGAUAUAUGGUCAGUCAUUUCGAAUUGCACAACUCUAUAUGCAGUGUGUCAAACAGUCUAAUACGCCCUUGUGAACCCAAAUAAUUAUUAUGGGUAUCCUGAUUUAUGUCAAAAUCCUUAGAGAGUGAUUUACAUUUUUCUAAAGCAUUUAAAAUUAGCACAUA